GAGGGUGCGCGCCGGGCCGCGGCCGCCGAACAAAGGAGCGGGGGCGCCGCCGCGGGGAGCCGCCUGCCACCUCCCGGGCCCGCCGCCGCCAUGCCCGCCAACGGCACUGCCGAGGCCGUGCAGAUCCAGUUCGGCCUCAUCAACUGCGGCAACAAGUACCUGACGGCCGAGGCGUUCGGCUUCAAGGUGAACGCGUCGGCCAGCAGCCUCAAGAAGAAGCAGAUCUGGACGCUGGAGCAGCCGCCCGACGAGGCGGGCAGUGCGGCCGUGUGCCUGCGCAGCCACCUGGGCCGCUACCUGGCGGCUGACAAGGACGGCAACGUGACCUGCGAGCGCGAGGCGCCGGGCCCCGACUGCCGCUUCCUCAUCGUGGCGCACGACGACGGCCGCUGGUCGCUGCAGUCCGAGGCGCACCGGCGCUACUUCGGCGGCACCGAGGACCGCCUGUCGUGCUUCGCGCAGAGCGUGUCGCCGGCCGAGAAGUGGAGCGUGCACAUCGCCAUGCACCCGCAGGUCAACAUCUACAGCCUGACCCGCAAGCGCUACGCGCACCUGAGCGCGCGGCCGGCCGACGAGAUCGCCGUGGACCGCGACGUGCCGUGGGGCGUCGACUCGCUCAUCACGCUCGCCUUCCAGGACCAGCGCUACAGCGUGCAGACCGCCGACCACCGCUUCCUGCGCCACGACGGGCGCCUCGUGGCGCAGCCCGAGCCCGCCACCGGCUACACGCUCGAGUUCCGCUCGGGCAAGGUGGCCUUCCGCGACUGCGAAGGCCGCUACCUGGCGCCGUCGGGGCCCAGCGGCACGCUCAAGGCGGGCAAGGCCACCAAGGCGGGCAAGGACGAGCUCUUCGCCCUGGAGCAGAGCUGCGCCCAGGUCGUGCUGCAGGCGGCCAACGAGAGGAACGUGUCCACGCGCCAGGGCAUGGACCUGUCGGCCAACCAGGACGAAGAGACCGACCAGGAGACCUUCCAGCUGGAGAUCGAUCGGGACACCAAAAAGUGCGCCUUCCGCACCCACACGGGCAAGUACUGGACACUGACGGCCACCGGCGGCGUGCAGUCCACCGCCUCCACCAAGAACGCCAGCUGCUACUUCGACAUCGAGUGGCGUGAUCGGCGCAUCACACUGCGCGCGUCCAACGGCAAGUUUGUGACAGCCAAGAAGAACGGGCAGCUGGCGGCCUCCGUGGAGACGGCAGGGGACGCCGAGCUCUUCCUCAUGAAGCUGAUCAACCGCCCCAUCAUCGUGCUCCGCGGGGAGCACGGCUUCAUCGGCUGCCGCAAGGUCACGGGCACCCUGGACGCCAACCGCUCCAGCUACGACGUCUUCCAGCUCGAGUUCAGCGACGGCGCGUACCACAUCAAAGACUCGACGGGCAAGUACUGGACGGUGGGCAGUGACUCCUCGGUCACCAGCAGCAGCGACACACCCGUGGACUUCUUCUUCCAGUUCUGCGACUACAACAAGGUGGCCAUCAAGGUCGGGGAGCGCUACCUGAAGGGGGACCACGCGGGGGUCCUGAAGGCCUGCGCCGAGACCAUCGAGCCCGCCACGCUCUGGGAGUACUAGCCCCCCACCCCCCCGCCCGUCCCGCGUGCGCUUCCCUGGGGGUGGGCACCGUGGAAGGGGCCGAGCCCCCCACCCCUGUGCUUUUCAAACUGGAAACCCCAGAGAAAACGGUGCCCCCUGCCCCGGCCCCCUGUCCCCCUGUGGGGUCGCUCUGCGGCCCGGUUAUCUGAGGACGGGAGGGAUCCCCGGCCCGGGGAGCGAGGCUGCACCCUUUUCUUGUGACCUCAGACGACUCUGAGCCUUAUUUCCCCGGAGGUGGCUGAGGAGAGGCGGGUGGCUGGGAAGGCUUCCGGAGCCCCCCGGCAGGGCGGCAGGAUGUAACUGGAAUCUCGGCCUGCUCCCCUCUCCUACUCUGCAGAGGCCUCGUCUGCCCGUGCUCAGCGUGGCCGGGUUCUGCCCACAGCUCGCUCUGCCAUGGACAGGGCACCCCCUCUCCUCCUAUCCUGGCCAGACUGGAAGCGGAAAACGACCAAAUCAGUGUUUUUUUGUUUAAAUGGAGUUUAUUGGUGGAGGUGCCCCAGUUGUAGCAGUGAGUUGUCGUCACAGGGUCGUGGGUGGAGUCUCCGGGCCUCGGUGCCCUCUGCCCACGUCGUGCCCCCACUUCUCCAGGGGGCUCCCAUCUCAGUCUCCCUCCCGCCCACCCCGUACCUGCCUGGGUCCCCAGGGCUCACCGGGUCCCUCUGUCUCCCUACCAUUGCCCCUUGGCGUGAUCGGUGCUCUGUUGGACUGGGACCCCAGUCGGGGUGCCCUGGGGGCGCCCCCACCCUCCUCCUGGGCCCCCAGCCCUGCCCCGUCCCCACGGGCUCCCCCACUGCUGUCCAUCUCACUUUGGUGCCCUCAGUCUUUUAUUUUUUUGUAAGUGUCAUUUGUAUAACUCUAAAUGCCCAUGGUAGUUGCUUCAAACUGGAAAAAGCAAAAUAAAAUAACGCGCGUCUGCAGCCCCACCGC